GCAGUCAACAACUUGCUGAGCACGGAUCCAAGGGAACCAAGCCCCAACAGGGACCUAAGACACCUCGGGUCCCGUGCAGACGACGCACGAUCAUGGCCGCUACCGCUGACGCAAAUUCACAAGCCAGCAUCGUGAGGCCGGUUACUCCUCCUAUGCCAGUUCAACAGGCAGAUGAAACGCUACAAGUGUUUCUUGACCGUCUCCAGCUAUACUCGGAGACUACUGCAGCUGAACUUCGCAAAUGGGAACAAGAAGAAGCCGCCCGCCAGCAGGCGAUCCAACGACAGCUGGCAGAGGCCAAGGCAGCGCGUCAGCAGGCCGCAGCAGAAGCUGCAGCGGCCACGCGGUUACAGCAGCAGCAGACGGAGGCAAGUCAGAAUCAAGUUCGUUACCAAGCCACAACGGAGCUCGCCAACAAAGAAGCCACGUACCGGAGGAUACUUCGACAGCAGCACUUUCACGCAAACGAAGAACGAGAGGAGCCGACCGAGGAAGAGAGAAGCAAGGAGGCAAUAGCAGUACUGAUGGAAACUGUGCUGUACACAUGCAAUUGGCAGCAACGCGAACUGCUGGCCAUGCGGCAAAUCUUCAUCCGCUACGAAACAACUUUUCGGGCGCUGGAACAGAAGAUCACCGCCUUGCAGACAGCGAACAGCGAUCAGCAGGCCAUCAACGACCAGCUGCAGACCACUGUCAGCACAGGGUUCGCACCACUGUCUGCAGUUGAGUCGACGGGCAGUGCAGUAGCAGACUGCAGCCCAGCUUUGGCCGCCCAAGCCAAACAACUCGACGAGCGGAUCAACCACGUAGUCGCAUCCCUUGGCGACAUCAGGAAGUUCGCCGGGACGUCGACGGUCAGCAAUCAGCUGCAGACGCUCAGCGACCGCAGGCGGACAUACAUCACGUCCCACCACUGCAGCGGCUUGACGCGUUCUACCUCCAGCUCAUUGGAGGGCAUGACGCACAUGGCCGUCACGUUGGAUUGCACCAUCGCCACCCUCCAUACCAAGAUCUCUUGGGAGGAGUUCGAGAAGAAGUGGAAGACCCGGUUCAUGGUCAACAACGACAAGCGUCACGCAUUGAACAAGAUCUUCCGCAUCUUUCAAGGCCAGCAAACAUCACGGGAAUGGCUGACGGAGUGGCAAAGACUCGUCGCCACCUCGGAGUUGAACCUGCCUUUCGACGCAAUCCGGGCCGAGUUCUUCGCCCGAUCUUGCGACGGCUUGACAGCUGCCCUUGGCAGCGAAUUCCAGUAUGAGAACUUUGAUGAGAUGAUCUCAAAGGCAAGGAGAACUCAUACAAGCCGGUCGCUGGACGAGCACCUUGAGCACCUUCGCGCCAUUUUGGAGCGGCUCCGUAUCGCCAAGUACAAGGCAAAUCGCGACAAGUGGGAGUUUGCCCAGCAAGAGCUGGAGUAUUUGGGCCAUUACGUUACGCCGCAAGGCAUUCGUCCGCUCGCAAACGAAGCAGAUGAAACGCUACAAGUGUUUCUUGACCGUCUCCAGCUAUACUCGGAGACUACUGCAGCUGAACUUCGCAAAUGGGAACAAGAAGAAGCCGCCCGCCAGCAGGCGAUCCAACGACAGCUGGCAGAGGCCAAGGCAGCGCGUCAGCAGGCCGCAGCAGAAGCUGCAGCGGCCACGCGGUUACAGCAGCAGCAGACGGAGGCAAGUCAGAAUCAAGUUCGUUACCAAGCCACAACGGAGCUCGCCAACAAAGAAGCCACGUACCGGAGGAUACUUCGACAGCAGCACUUUCACGCAAACGAAGAACGAGAGGAGCCGACCGAGGAAGAGAGAAGCAAGGAGGCAAUAGCAGUACUGAUGGAAACUGUGCUGUACACAUGCAAUUGGCAGCAACGCGAACUGCUGGCCAUGCGGCAAAUCUUCAUCCGCUACGAAACAACUUUUCGGGCGCUGGAACAGAAGAUCACCGCCUUGCAGACAGCGAACAGCGAUCAGCAGGCCAUCAACGACCAGCUGCAGACCACUGUCAGCACAGGGUUCGCACCACUGUCUGCAGUUGAGUCGACGGGCAGUGCAGUAGCAGACUGCAGCCCAGCUUUGGCCGCCCAAGCCAAACAACUCGACGAGCGGAUCAACCACGUAGUCGCAUCCCUUGGCGACAUCAGGAAGUUCGCCGGGACGUCGACGGUCAGCAAUCAGCUGCAGACGCUCAGCGACCGCGUUCAACAACGAACGGCCGCCGUCGUCAAGGAAUGGAAGAUGGCGAACUUCAAGAUUGAGAAGUUCGACGACUACCACAAGACUGAUCCGCUGUAAUGGUGGAUGGCAUUCAACGCAGAGGCGGACAUAC